AUGACACCGGGACCCCAGAGGAGAAAAACCCCGGGCACCGGUGAGCUGGGUGGGGCGGCGGAGAGGGGAAAGCGGCCGGCCGGCGGCCAGAUCCUGCCCCAGCUCUCUGGGAAACGCCGGGACUUCGAGGAAAAGCCUGGCACUGCCGGGGUUUGCUGGAGGAAGGCUGGAGCUGCGUGCGGUGGCAGCGGGGGCCCGGACCCUCACGCAGAGGGUGCAGGGGCUGCGGGGAGCGAGGGGCUGGGGGCCGCCCUCAGCCCGGGCAACGUGGAGGAGCUGUACGAGCUGCUGGAGAGGUUGGGCAGCGGGCACUUUGGCGUGGUGAAGCGAUGCCGGGAACGCAGCACCGGCACCUUCUACGCUGCCAAGUUCGUGAAGACGCGGCGAUGCCGGGGCAGCCGCCUGGGGCUGGAGCGGGCGCAGGUGGAGCGGGAGGUCGCCAUCCUCCGCCAGCUCGACCACCCCAACAUCAUGCGGCUCCACGACCUCUUCGCCAGCAGAGCUGAGAUGGUGCUCAUCCUGGAGCUGAUCGGCGGCGGGGAGCUCUUCGACUUCAUCGCGGAGAAGGAGAUGCUGUUGGAGGAGGAGGCCAUCGAGUUCCUGGGCCAGAUCCUGCGCGGGGUGGAGUACCUGCACGCCCGCCGCAUCGCCCACUUCGACCUCAAGCCCGAGAACAUCAUGCUGCAGGAGAAAGACGUCCCCAAGCCCCGGAUCAAGAUCAUCGACUUCGGGCUGGCCCAGCACCUGGAGGACGGUGUCACCUUCAAGAGCCUCUGCGGGACCCCGCAGUACAUUGCUCCCGAAGUGAUCAACUAUGAGCCGCUGAGCUCCGCGACCGACAUGUGGAGCAUCGGGGUCAUCACCUACAUCCUGCUCAGCGGCUUGUCCCCCUUCCAGGGUGAGACGGAUGCCGAGACCCUCUCCAACGUCGUGGCCGGUGCCUAUGAGUUCGAGGAGCACUGCUUCAGCCAGACCUCUGAGAUGGCCAAGGACUUCAUCCAGCAGCUGCUGGUGAAGGAGCCAGGGGACACGGGGGACCCCUGUCCCCUUGCGCGGUGGAGGGACGGGGUGACUGCCAAGGCUGGGGAUGCUGCUGGUGGGAAGCCGCCGGCUUGUCCCGGCUCUUGCAUCCCCACCGGGACCGGGAAGCAGGAGAUGCAGGGGGGAAUCCGGGUGGAAAAGUCCCAGGACGGCAAACCCGUGUAG